AUGGCAGAACGCUCUCGCUCGCCCACCGUCCUGUACGACAUCGAACGCCCCUCCUCCCCCGACGACGACGACGACAUCAGCGCCAUCCUCAACCACAAACGCCACUGGGCCCACCGCGCCCUUCACGGCCACAUCGACUUGCCCCGCCCCGUCCAUGUCGCACUUACCUGUAUCAGUAUAACCGCCAGCGCCCUCCAGGCGAAUGGGGUGUAUUGCUGGGGGACGUAUGGGCCGGUGGUGGCACAGUGGAAGGAAUUGGAUGGGACGGAGGCGCAGACUAUCGUUGUCGGUGGGAUUGUGGGGGUGUAUCUCAUGGCUGCGCCUCUUGGAUGGCUCACAGAUAGAUACGGCCCCAGAGUUGGAUCGCUCAUCUCGGGCUGCUUGAGCGCUGCUGGCUAUCUCUCGUUCGCGACUAUCCUCGACAAGUCUACCCCCGAGACGCCUGGGCUGUAUCUCUGGCUUACGGCCGCAUUCUUCCUGGUCGGCGCGGCCACUGUUGGCUCUUACUUUGCAUGUCUAACUUGCGCAUCGUUAUCAUUCCCCAGCCACCCUACCCUCUCCCUCUCUCUCCCCCUCUCCCUCAUCGGUCUAUCCUCCCUCGCAAUCUCCUCCUUCUCCACCCUCCCCACAUUCCUCUCCCCAAAGACGCACGAUCUCGAUCCCGUCAAGUUUCUCUUCUUUCUCGGCAUCUUGUCCCCCGCCGUCAACCUCUUUGGCUUUGCCUUCCUCCGCAUCGUGCCCCCUGCUUUACCCGACAAAUCCCUCCACACCCACCUCCCCGGCGACGCCCCAGACUCAAACUCCGACUCCGACGCGGACCAAGACCCCGCCCUCGACCCCCUCAGCGCAAGCCUCAACCUCUCCGAACACACCCCCCUCCUCAUCGGCGGCCCCCGCUCCGCCUUGGAGGAAAUUGAAGAAGAUCAAGCCCAGGGCCGGGAUGUGGCAUGGGGCGUUAGGGAGUUGAUUUGUGAUUGGAAAGGGUUCUGGGUGUUUGGCGUUCUUUGUGCGCUUGUGGUUGGGCCGGGGGAGAUGGUCAUCGCCAGUAUCGGCUCUAUCCUCACCUCCCUCCUUCCCUCACCCACAUCCCUCCUCUCCCUUGCGUCUCCCAAUCCCCUGAAGCUCAGGAACAAACACGUCUUCCUCCUCUCCCUCUCCUCCACCCUCGCCCGCCUCAUCACAGGCAUCCUCGCAGACUCCCUCUGCCCCCCGCCCACGCCGUUCAAAAACCCAGACCACACACCCGGCGACCCGAGCAAGCCGGAGCACGUGUUUAGGCAGGUGAAAAAGGUAAGGCUGACGAGGAGCGCGUUUGCGGGGCUUUGCGCGGGGGUGUUGGCGGGCGUGUUUGGGUGGGGGAGUGGGUGGUUGAGGGCGGAGGGGGGGUUGGGGGUGGUCAGUGUUGGGGCUGGGGCGAUGUAUGGAGCUCUCUUCACUUUGACUCCUGCAAUCGUAUCCCACCACUUUGGUCCAACCAAUUUCGGACUAGCAUGGGGUAUGAUCUCCUACUUUGCCGCUCUAGGCUCUAUCAUCUACUCCGUAAGCCCAUCCCUCCACAUGCCCCCUUCCCCCCCUCCCCCUGAGGCCUGA